AUGGAUAAAGAAGAUGUGGUAUUUAGUCCUGUGUCUGAGGAGUACCUGGCCACAGAUUUCCCAGGUCAUAUAUUUGCUGGAAUGUUCUGCAUUAUUUACAGUCUUUGGGAGAGUACAAAAAGUAUUCUGAAGCAUCUCCUCAAAAAGAAAAAGUAUACUUACGGUUUUGGUUCUAAAACAUUAUUUUAUAGAUUAGAAAUUUUGCAAGGAAUUGUGAUAUUGAGCCUGGCCGCCACUGGCAUUAUUGUAUCACUGACUCUCAGUGGAGGACACCAUCUGCCUCUAUAUGAGGAAAACCACUGGAACAAACUGAAGGACUGGCAUCAUGUCACCGUAUAUCUUUUUAUUGGGAUGAUAGGUGUGGCCCAUAUCUUAUGUUUUACCAUCAGCUCAGUUCCAGUCUCCUUAAUCAAGUUAAUGGUGUCAACUGCAUUUUUUGUGGAGACAUUCAUCUUCCACAAUCAUACUCAUAGCCGGGUAUUGUUGGACAUUUUCAUGCACCAGCUGGUGGGCUUAAUCUCCUUUUUGAAUGGCUUGGUCGCCUUCAUUGAUUUCCUCAUACAAGACAAUGUACUUCUGGAGCUUCUGCGUUCAAGCUUCACCUUGCUGCAGGGGAGCUGGUUUUUUCAGAUUGCUUAUGUCCUAUUUCCCCCAAAGGGAAGUCCUAUAUGGGAUCUGAUGGAUUAUGAAAAUAGCAGGUUUCUCACUGUGUGUUUUUGUUGGCAUUUUGCACUGACCUAUAUCAUCAUUGGAGCAAAUUAUGCAUUUAUCAGCUGGUUGAUAAAAUUCAGAAGCAAGAAGCCCUGCUCAUCAGAAGUUGGACUACUGAAAAAUACUGAACAUGAACAAGAAUUAGAAGAGAUGUGA